AUGAUAGUGAAUAAAAGCAGAUCACAUCAAAUCUAAAACUAAGACAAUCUCAAUCUACAGAAUGGAUUGACACGUGAAUUUAAGCCUAGCCCCCUGUUAGUCUACACCAGGGUGAUCUCUAAAUCAGAGAAUUACUGAUUUUAGAACAAAGCUAGUCAAAGCAGAGGAACCAGCAUCCUCUCUCCACAGGGGUGUGUGACUGAGGGGUCCUACCAAGAACAGUCAGCCCUCCUCAGGGUCUUUGUGACUGGAGUCUGGGAUUUCUGCUGGAAUUCACAGGUCACCUCUCCUGCCUUGGUCAACUCCUGGGCAGUGAGAGUCAGUGUGCUGCUCCAGCUGUACAGGCCGUCCUUCUCCUGGACCCCGGGACUGGCCUCCUGCUUCUUGCUGGUCCCGUCCACUUUCCAGCUCAUGGUCCAGUCUGAGGGGAAGCCCUUGUUGGCCAGACACAUCAGCGUGGCUAUUGACUUACUGGACAGCUCCUCACUAGAGGGUGGCUGGACGGGUUUGGGAACUGUUACCCGGAAGAAACACAACACAUCAACUUCAUCAAAACAAAGUACUUUGGAAAUGACUUCUAAAACUUAGAUUAGAUUGCUAAAAGACGUGAAGAAAACACAAACAUUAGUAUGAUAGGAAAGCAGAUUACAAGUAUAAAGUAUACAAGCAGAAAGCAUACAAGUAUGACGUGUUUAACUUUAGCAUUACUUUGUCAUACAUACAUUUUUUUAGGAUCGUUUCUCAUCAGAAUACUCAUAUUUGUAGUAUUUUGCAGAAUCCAAGAGGUUGGAUACAAAUAACAGAGACCCUUUCUGGCUAUCAUGAACACAAUGCACUGAUGACUACAAUAACAAAUAUUAUAGUUAUCAUACCAGAAUAAGAGUUACAGUGGGGAAAAAAAGUAUUUAGUCAGCCACCAAUUGUGCAAGUUCUCCCACUUAAAAAGAUGAGAGAGGCCUGUAAUUUUCAUCAUAGGUACACGUCAACUAUGAAAGACAAAAUGAGGGGAAAAAAUCCAGAAAAUCACAUUGUAGGAUUUUUUAUGAAUUUAUUUGCAAAUUAUGGUGGAAAAUAAGUAUUUGGUCAAUAACAGAAGUUUCUCAAUACUUUGUUAUAUACCCUUUGUUGGCAAUGACACAGGUCAAACGUUUUCUGUAGGUCUUCUCAAGGUUUUCACACACUGUUGCUGGUAUUUUGGCCCAUUCCUCAAUGCAGAUCUCCUCUAGAGCAGUGAUGUUUUGGGGCUGUCGCUGGGCAACACAGACUUUCAACUCCCUCCAAAGAUUUUCUAUGGGGUUGAGAUCUGGAGACUGGCUAGGCCACUCCAGGACCUUGAAAUGCUUCUUACGAAGCCACUCCUUCGUUGCCCGGGCGGUGUGUUUGGGAUCAUUGUCAUGCUGAAAGACCCAGCCACAUUUCAUCUUCAAUGCCCUUGCUGAUGGAAGGAGGUUUUCACUCAAAAUCUCACGAUACAUGGCCCCAUUCAUUCUUUCCUUUACACGGAUCAGUCGUCCUGGUCCCUUUGCAGAAAAACAGUCCCAAAGCAUGAUGUUUCCACCUCCAUGCUUCACAGUAGGUAUGGUGUUCUUUGGAUGCAACUCAGCAUUCUUUGUCCUCCAAACACGACGAGUUGAGUUUUUACCAAAAAGUUCUAUUUUGGUUUCAUCUGACCAUAUGACAUUCUCCCAAUCCUCUUCUGGAUCAUCCAAAUGCACUCUAGAAAACUUCAGACGGGCCAGGACAUGUACUGGCUUAAGCAGGGGGACACGUCUGGCACUACAGGAUUUGAGUCCCUGGCGGCGUAGUGUGUUACUGAUGGUAGGCUUUGUUACUUUGGUCCCAGCUCUCUGCAGGUCAUUCACUAGGUCCCCCCGUGUGGUUCUGGGAUUUUUGCUCACCGUUCUUGUGAUCAUUUUGACCCCACGGGGUGAGCUCUUGCGUGGAGCCCCAGAUCGAGGGAGAUUAUCAGUGGUCUUGUAUGUCUUCCAUUUCCUAAUAAUUGCUCCCACAGUUGAUUUAUUCAAACUAAGCUGCUUACCUAUUGCAGAUUCAGUCUUCCCAGCCUGGUGCAGGUCUAAAAUUUUGUUUCUGGUGUCCUUUGACAGCUCUUUGGUCUUGGCCAUAGUGGAGUUUGGAGUGUGACUGUUUGAGGUUGUGGACAGGUGUCUUUUAUACUGAUAACAAGUUCAAACAGGUGCCAUUAAUACAGGUAACGAGUGGAGGACAGAGGAGCCUCUUAAAGAAGAAGUUACAGGUCUGUGAGAGCCAGAAAUCUUGCUUGUUUGUAGGUGACCAAAUACUUAUUUUCCACCAUAAUUUGCAAAUAAAUUCAUAAAAAAUCCUACAAUGUGAUUUUCUGGAUUUUUUCCCCUCAAUUUGUCUGCCAUAGUUGACGUGUACCUAUGAUGAAAAUUACAGGCCUCUCUCAUCUUUUUAAGUGGGAGAACUUGCACAAUUGGUGGCUGACUAAAUACUUUUUUCCCCCACUGUAUAUAGUCUGCAAUCAUACAAAUAAAACAUACAAAAAAAUGCCCGCAAUUUAACAUUUUGAUUAAAUAAACUGUUAAAGAAGGCUCUUUCAAAAUCAAUAUAUAACAAUAUUUUUGGAAAGUAAAGUAUCUCAAAUCAAAAUGUUUUAAUAGAGAUUAAAGAGUUUAAGAAGAAAAUUGAAUCAGACAAACAUCAAGAAACUUACUUCCAACAUCUAGUCUGGUGCCACUACCAAAAGUGUACCACAGUGAUACAACCCCUAUAACUGCUGGUACAAAAAACCUCCUGACCAUUGGGCAAGCUGAAUAAUAAACUUUUUUAGACUGUGGUAUAAUUCAUGAGCACAUAUGAAUACUGGCCAAAUAUAAUGUUAUAUUCUUCAUUUGAAAUAGUUUUUUGAUUAAAUGAAAAACAUUAUAGUUUUAUUAUAAAAUAGAAAGGUAUAAAACAAACCCAAACAUUUUAGAGAAAUGUUCAGUAACUGAUUUGAGAAGCUUUCAUAAGAGUCCAAGCAUGAGUGAAGUGACAGUUAGGGCUGUAUUCAAUCUGUAUCGCUGAAGCCUUUAAAUUUCAAUUGGGCUUUAGCGCUGAACUUCAGCAAUACGGAUUGAAUAGAGCCCUUCAUCUGAAAUAAAAGUUGUAUCGUUGAAGUGUUACAGAUUGCCGGAUAGAAAUGUCAAGAUAAUUUUUGAUUGAGCUGACAUAUUACAUUUACUUCACUUAGCAGAUGUUCUUAUCCAGAGGGACUUACAGGAGCAAUAAGGGCCUUACUCAAGGGCACAUCGACAGAUUUUUCACCUAGUCGGCUCAGGGAUUCGAACUAGCGACCUCUUAACCGCUAGGCUACCUGCCACCCCAUAUGCAGCGUUUACUGUGAAUGCAGUCUCCGCUAACACAGGAACAUUGCCUUUAAAUUCCAAUCACGCUGUAACGCUGAACUUCAGCAAUACGGAUUGAAUAGACCCCUUCAUCUUGAUGCUUGUCAUUUGCUUUCAAGUUAAAGUUGCUGUUGAAUUCUAAAGCAUAUUAUGUUCUAGAAAACUGAUCUUAAAUGGAAUCUGAUCUUGACAAUGUGUUAUUCAUUUCUCAGUAUCCCGAGGGCAGAUCACUGUGACUCAGAUCCUGCAGAGAAGGCUGUCCUUUCAGGUCACAUACUGCAGUUACUCUCCAGUGCUGUAAAACCAGCAGUGAUCCAUUAAAGGCUCUGUGCAGUCAAAAUUCAGUAUUUCUUGUGUUUUAUAUAAUAUUGUACAACAGCUGAUGAAACUAACACUGUAAAAGUGUGAAAAAAAUGGAUCAGUGUUAUUUCAUGAUUGUUCCUAGUUGAAAAUAUGAUGUACUGCACACAGGACCUUCUAAUUAGCAGGUUUGCAUUUGAGGGACGAUCGGCUUUCCAUGGUGACAUUACCAUGUAGCAAAUUAGUUAAUAGACCAAUAACAAAGAGAGUUCCAAAUCUCUCUGCCAAUAACAGCUAGUUUUCCGUUUUCCCCUCCCCACUCAGACCACUCCCAGACAGUCUUAGCAGCAGGUGCUGAGGGGGAGGACUAGACCGGUGAUAGUGUUGAGGACUAGACCAGCGAUAGUGUUAGGGACUAGACCAGUGAAAGUGUUGAGGACUAGACCAGUGAUAGUACUGAGGACUAGACCAGUGAUAGUGUUCAGGACUAGACCAGUGAUAGUGUUGAGGACUAGACCAGUGAUAGUGUUCAGGAUUAGACCAGUGAUAGUACUGAGGACUAGACCAGUGAUAGUGUUGAGGACUAGACCAGUGAUAGUGUUCAGGACUAGACAAGUGAUAGUUCUGAGGACUAGACCAGUGAUAGUUUUGAGGACUAGACCAGUGAUAGUGUUCAGGACUAGAACAGUGAUAGUGUUCAGGACUAGACCAGUGAUAGUGUUCAGGACUAGACCAGUGAUAGUGUUAGGGACUAGAACAGUGAUAGUGUUCAGGACAAGAAUGUGAUAGUGUUCAGGACUAGACCAGUGAUAGUGUUAGGGACUAGAACAGUGAUAGUGUUCAGGACAAGACCAGUGAUAGUGUUCAGGACUGGACCAGUGAUAGUGUUAGGGACUAGAACAGUGAUAAUGUUCAGGACUAGACCAGUGAUAGUGUUCAGGACUAGACCAGUGAUAGUGUUAGGGACUAGAACAGUGAUAGUGUUGAGGACUAGACCAUUGAUAGUGUUGAGGACUAGACCAGUGUUGGUGUUGAGGACUACAGUCUAGAGUAUCAUAGGUUCCCUCUAUUAUUUGACCGCUGGGACCUACUGCAGCUGCUGAGGGGGAAGAGACAGUGACAUGGAACACUAGAUGAGGUCAACUGUGACAUGUGACAAUAUGGUUAGAAAGCAAUCAUUCAGGUCAUAUGACCUUCAUCAUCAUCAUUAACAUCAUCAUCAUGGUUAUAACUUGUUAUUAUUGUCAUGGACUUUAAGUGUAUCUAACAUUUAUUUGAUGUUUUGAAACACAUUCUCUGUCAAUAUGUAAAGCAAGAUCUACAGAUGUAAAUCAAAAGGUGUUCUGACCUCAACAUUACUUCAAAGUUACAAUCACUUCAGCCCCCCAAAACAAGUCCUAAAAUGGAGCUCAACCAAAUGUGUGAUUUAAAUUGUGAUCUUCUAGCAUUAAAUUAACUGUUUUAUAUAAUAAUUAGUAGACACUCUUAUCCAGAGCAACUAGGGUUAAGCACCUUGCUCAAGGGCACAUCAACAGAUUUUUCACCUUUCGGCUUGGGGAUUAGAACCAGCAACCUUUCGGUUAGUGGCACAACGCUCUUAACCACUAAGCUACCUGCCGCCCCAGGUUACUGACUGUUAGAUCUGUGAAUGAGACAUGAUGCUGGUUUCAAACAUGAGACACAUGUACACUAUGUACGUAAAGUAUAAUAUCCAUUUUAUCAGUCAUUAAUUACAUGGUGGCAUAUCUGUUAUGUGUCCCUCCCUGAAUCCACCAUAGAGGUUAAAACCAGUCCACUCCCUCACAUCUGGCCCAGUCCAGGGUAUUACAGGCAGUGAAACUGUUCAACUACUAGACUGGUAUCUGUGGGAGUGAAACUGAGAUUUACAUACAGUGAGGGAAAAAGUAUUUGAUCCCCUGCUGAUUUUGUACGUUUGCCCACUGACAAAGACAUGAGCAGUCUAUAAUUUUAAUGGUAGGUUUAUUUGAACAGUGAGAGACAGAAUAACAACAACAAAAAAUCCAGAAAAACGCAUGUCAAAAAUGUUAUACAUUGAUUUGCAUUUUAAUGAGGGAAAUAAGUAUUUGACCCCUCUGCAAAACAUGACUUAGUACUUGGUGGCAAAACCCUUGUUGGCAAUCACAGAGGUCAGACGUUUCUUGUAGUGGCCACCAGGUUUGCACACAUCUCAGGAGGGAUUUUGUCCCACUCCUCUUUGCAGAUCUUCUCCAAGUCAUUAAGGUUUCGAGGCUGACGUUUGGCAACUCGAACCUUCAGCUCCCUCCACAGAUUUUCUAUGGGAUUAAGGUCUGGAGACUGGCUAGGCCACUCCAGGACCUUAAUUUUUGACAAAUCUACUUUGAGACACAAACCAAAAUGAACUCAAAUUACUGUUCAAAACUAUAGAUGAGGUUCACCUUUAAACCAUGUCUGUGUUAGUAUCUACUAUGAAUACAAUACAAAUUGUUGCUUAUAUAAAUAGUAGUAGCUACAUCUUGACAGCACAAUGAGCUAACAUGCAAUAUUAUGUAUCAAAAUGUGUUAUUUUAAAAUCGCAUGUUAUUAUUGCCAAAUAAACUUGGUGGUAUGUGAACAACUCUCUCCCUUCCCUUCCAUUUACCAAUCUACCAAUGUGUUGACAGACAUUUCAAAAAAUAUAUAGAAUAAAAGUAUUUCCUCUGGAGAAGAUGAUAACAUCUCAUAACGUUGUUUAAUAGCAUGAUUACAUUUUGUUGUAUGAUGGAAGAAAGACAAACAUUUACAUACUUUUUAGCACCAGUUUUGUGCCGCUUCCAAAAGUCCUCCACAGUGAUUCAUUCUGGUGGUCUCUGUACAAAAACCUCCUCCACACAAGUGUGAGCACCUUCACAGAUAGGUCACUCGCAGUACCACCCUGAAUACUGAAGUAUUAGUAUAAUAUAAUGGGCUCUGAUAGUACUGAAAUACUAGUAUAAUCAAAUCAAAUUUAUACAGCACAUUUCAGACAUGGAAUGCACAAAAAGUGCUUUACAGGAAGAAACUAAUAAAAAACAAUGAAAAUAAAAGCUGAAAUAUUUACUACUCAACAAACAUAAGAUAAAAACAAAAGAAUGACACAAACUGAACAACUAAAAAGAACCCUAAGGAAAGCAAAGGUUAAAAUAUGUGUUUUAAGAUCUCUUUUAAAUAUUUCCACAGUUUCGGCCCUCCUCAGGUUCUCUGGCAGGCUAUUCCAGAGGCUGUGGGCAUAAUAACUAAAGGCUGCCUCUCCAUGCCUCUUGGUCCUAGGCUUUGGGAUAGUUAAAAGGCCAGUGCCAGAGGACCUGAGGGACCUACUGGGAACAUAACUUAAAAGCAUGUUUGACAUGUUUUGGGGUGUUCAAUAAUGGAUUGAUUUAAAAAACAAUCUUAAAAUGAAUUCUAAAUCUCAAACGCAGCCAGUGCAGAGACCUUAAAACCGGUGUAAUGUGUGCUCUCCGUCUGUUCUUGGUCAGUACCCGUGCUGCAGCAUUCUGUAUGCUUUGUAGUUGACCAAUGGCUUUCUUGGGUAGACCAGACAGGAGAGCAUUACAGUAGUCAAGCAUGCUUGUAAUUAAAUUCUCUGUAUCAGCCUGAGAGAGAAACGGCCGUACCUUGGCAAUGUUCCUCAGGUGGUAAAAAGCUAUUUUGGUCAAAUUCUUAAUGUGUGAUUCCACAUUUUGUUUAGAAUCGAAAUUAACACCUAGGUUUUUUACCUGGUACAGUGUCUUGCAAAAGUAUUCAUCCCCCUUGGCGUUUUUCCUAUUUUGUGGCAUUACAACCUGUAAUUUAAAUGGUUUGUUAUUUGGAUUUAAUGUAAUGGACAUACACAAAAUAGUCCAAAUUCGUGAAGUGGAAUGAAAAAAAUAACUUGUUUCAAAGAAUUCUGACAAAUACAUAACGGAAAAGUGGUGCGUGCAUAUGUAUUCACCCCCUUUGCUAUGAAGCCCCUAAAUAAGAUCUGGUACAACCAAUUACCUUCAGAAGUCACAUAAAUAGUUAAAUAAAGUCCACCUGUGUGCAAUCUAAGUGUCACAUGAUCUGUCACAUGAUCUCAGUAUAUAUACACCUGUUCUGAAAGGCCCCAGUGUCUGCAACACAACUAAGCAAGGGGCACCACCAAGCAAGCGGCACCAUGAAGACCAAGGAGCUCUCCAAACAGGUAAGGGACAAAGUUGUGGAGAAGUUCAGAUCAGGGUUGGGUUAUAAAAAAAUAACCGAAACUUUGAACAUCCCACGGUGCACCAUUAAAUCCAUUAUAAAAAAAUGGAAAGAAUAUGGCACCACAACAAACCUGCCAAGAGAGGGCCGCCCACCAAAACUCACGGGCAUUAAUCAGAGAGGCAACAAAGAGACCAAAGAUAACCCUGAAGGAGCUGCAAAGCUCCACAGCGGAGAUUGGAGUAAAUAGGACCACUAUAAGCCGUACACUCCACAGAGCUGGGUUUUACGGAAGAGUGUCCAGAAAAAAGCCAUUGCUUAAAGAAAAAAAUAAGCAAAAACGUUUUGGUGUUCGCCAAAAGGCAUGUGGGAGACUCCCCAAAAGGUACUCUGGUCAGAUGAGACUAAAAUUGUGCUUUUUGGCCAUCAAGGAAAACGCUAUGUCUGGCGCAAACCCAACACCUCUCAUCACCCCGAGAACACCAUCCCCACAAUGAAGCAUGGUGGUGGCAUCAUCAUGCUGUGGGGAUGUUUUUCAUCAGCAGGGACUGGGAAACUGGUCAGAAUUGAAAGAAUGAUGGAUGGCGCUAAAUACAGGGAAAUUCUUGAGGGAAACCUGUUUCAGUCUUCCAGUAUAGUUAUGCACGCUCAAGUUUUCUGUUUUUAUGUGUUAUUUCUUGUUUGAUUCAUAAGAAAAAAUAUUUUGCAUCUUCAAAGCGGUAGGCAUGUUGUGUAAAUCAAAUGAUCUUAAAAAUAAGAAAAAUGCCAAGGGGUGUGAAUACUUUCGCAAGCCACUGUAUUGAAUCUUUAUUGCCUGUGAAUUAAAAUGUGCGACAAAAUACUCUCUCUGUGCUUUGGCUCCAACAAUAAGUUCCUCGGUCUUGUCUUGAUUUAGAUGGAGGAAGUUGUAAGCCAUCCAAGUAUUUAAAUUACUAAUACUGUCACGAAUGUCAGUGAAAUGCGGUGGAAGAAGUCAGGUGCAGGACACAGAACUCUCGGUAACAUACUUUACUCAGAAUGCAAAGAACAAGAAACAGAAUACCUCCACACAGGGAGGAACUAACCCGCUCACCAACGACACACGUCACAAAGAAACAAUCACACACAAAAUCCAAAUGAGAGACAGGGGUAAAUAUAGGGCUUACAAUCAAACAUAAUGGGGAACAGGUGUAAACAAUACAGACUAAACUAGACAAACACCGAAACAUCGAUCGGCAGCAGCUAGUACUCCAGGGACGACGAACGCCGAAGCCUGCCCGAGCAAGGAGGAGGAGCAGCCUUGGCAGAAUCCGUGACAGUACCCCCCCCUUGACGCGCGGCCCCAGCCGUGCGCCGACACCGGCCUCGGGGACGGCCAGGAGGACGCGGAGCAGGGCGAGUCGGAUGACUCCGGUGGAAAUCCCUCAACAAGGAGGGAUCUAGGAUGUCCCUCCUAGGGACCCAGCACCGUUCCUCCGGACCGUACCCCUCCCACUCCACGAGAUACUGCAGACCCCCCAUCCGACGCCUCGAAUCCACGAUGGAACGGACUGAGUACGCCGGAGCCCCCUCGAUGUCUAGUGGAAGAGGAGAGACACAUGGAACGAGGGGUUAAUGCGGUAAUUAAUGGGCAGUUGUAACCUAUAACAAACCUCGUUCAAGGCAAAGGGGCAGGUUUCGGGUCGAGAGCCAGACCCGAUCUCCCGGUGCAUAAACCGGACCCUCACUGCGGUGGCGAUCGGUGCUCGCCUUUUGCCGUCUGAUGGCCCGCUGCAUGCGCAGCGUUCCAUGUCUCCUCCGAGCGCCGAAACCACUCAUCCACCGCAGGAGCUUCGGUCUGGCUCUGAUGCCAGGGUGCCAGAACCGGCUGAUAACCCAACACACACUGAAAAGGCGUAAGAUUAGUGGAGGAGUGGCGGAGUGAGUUUUGGGCUAUCUCUGCCCAGGGGAUAUACCCCAACCACUCCUCCUGCCGGUCCUGACAAUAGGACCUCAGAAACCUACCCACAUCCUGGUUUACUCUCUCCACCUGCCCAUUACUCUCAUGGUGAAAACCAGAGGUAAGGCUAAUCGAGACCCCCAAACGUUCCAUAAAUGCCCUCCAAACUCUAGAGGUGAACUGGGGACCCCGAUCAGACACUAUAUCCUCAGGUACCCCGUAGUGCCGGAAAAUGUGAGUAAACAGGGCGUCGGCCGUUUGUAGGGCUGUAGGAAGACCUGGCAUAGGAAUGAGACGGCAGGCCUUAGAAAACCGAUCCACAACGACGAAGAUCGUGGUAUUCCCCUGGGAGGGGGGAAGGUCCGUGACAAAAUCCACCGACAGGUGAGACCACGGCCGUUGUGGAACGGGUAGAGGUUGUAACUUCCCUCUGGGCAGGUGUCUAGGUGCCUUACACUGGGCGCACACCGAGCAGGAAGAAACGUAAACCCUCACGUCCCUAGCUAAGGUGGGCCACCAGUAAUUCCCGCUAAGGCAGUGCAUUGUCCGACCAAUACCAGGAUGACCAGAGGAGGGUGACGUGUGAGCCCAAUAUAUCAGUCGAUCACGUACCUCGAGCGGCACGUACCUCCGCCCCUCUGGACACUCUGGGGGAGUAGGGUCGGUACGUAAUGACCGCUCGAUUUCCGCAUCGACCUCCCACACCACCGGUGCCACUAGACAAGACUCCGGAAGUAUGCGAGUGGGCUCAAUGGACCUCUCCUCUGUGUCAUAUCGUCGGGACAGGGCGUCUGCCUUAACGUUCUGUGACCCUGGGAUAUAAGUGAGCUUAAAUACAAACCGGGCAAGAAACAUGGCCCACCUAGCCUGACGAGGGUUCAGUCUCCUCGCUGCCCGGAUGUAUUCCAGGUUACGAUGGUCAGUCAGAAUGAGAAAAGGGUGUUUAGUCCCCUCAAGCCAAUGUCUCCACACCUUCAGGGCUUGAACCACCGCUAGCAGCUCCCUGUCCCCCACGUCAUAAUUGCGUUCCGCCGGACUGAGCUUCUUAGAAUAGAAAGCACAGGGGCGGAGUUUUGGAGGCGUGCCCGAGCGCUGAGACAGUAUAGCACCGAUCCCCGCCUCGGACGCAUCCAACUCAACUUGGAACGCCAAAGAGGGAUCCGGAUCUGCCAGCACCGGAAACGAGGUGAACAGGUCCUUCAAAUGUCUAAAUGCCCUGUCCGCCUCAGCCGACCACUGCAAACGCACCGGGCCCCCCUUUAGCAGGGAGGUGAUGGGAGCUGCUACCUGUCCAAAGCCCCGGAUAAACCUCUGGUAGUAAUUGGCAAAACCCAAAAAACGCUGCACCUCCUUAACCGUAGUGGGAGUCUGCCAAUUACACACGGCUGAAACGCGGUCAAUCUCCAUCUCCACCUCUGACGCGGACAACCGAUGUCCCAAGAAGGAGAUGGACUCCUGGAAAAACAGACAUUUCUCCGCCUUCACAUACAGGUCAUGCUCCAACAGUCUACCCAGCACCCGACGUACCAGGGACACAUGCUCGGUUCGUGUAGCGGAGUAUAUUAGAAUAUCAUCAAUAUACCCCACUACCCCCUGUCCAUGCAAAUUCCGGAAAAUCUCGUCCACAAAUGAUUGGAAGACUGAAGGAGCAUUCAUUAAACCGUAUGGCAUGACGAGGUACUCAUAGUGACCCGAGGUGGUACUGAAUGCUGUCUUCCACUCAUCUCCCUCCCUAAUGCGCACCAGGUUGUAAGCGCUCCUGAGAUCCAAUUUUGUGAAGAAUCGCGCCCCGUGGAAUGACUCCGUCAUACUAGCAAUCAGAGGGAGAGGAUAGCUGUAUUUAAUUGUAAUCUGAUUGAGACCACGGUAAUCAAUACACGGGCGUAAACCCCCAUCCUUCUUCUUCACAAAAAAUCUACUUGAGGACGCAGGGGAAGUGGACGGCCGUAUGUAUCCCUGUCUCAAGGAUUCGGUGACGUAUGUCUCCAUAGCUGCCAUCUCCUCCUGAGACGGAGGAUACACAUGACUACGAGGGAGCACAGCGCAAACCUGGAGGUCUCUCGCCCAAUCCCCCUGUCGAUGAGGUGGUAAUUGAGUCGCCUUCUUCUUACAGAAGGCAAGUGCCAAAUCGGCAUACUCAGGAGGAAUGUGCAUUGUGGGCAUUUGGUUCGGACUUUCCACCGUCGUUGCCCCUAUGGAAACACCUACACACCGCCCCACACACUGAUCAGACCAUCCCUUGAGAGCCCUCUGUUGCCAUGAAAUGUUGGGGUCAUGAGAUGUUAACCAGUGAAGCCCCAACACCACAGGAAACGCAAAUACAACUGUAUAAUCUCCUCAUGGCCCUUCUGCGUCUUCAUCUUAAGUGGCGCUGUGACCUCCCUAAUCAAUCCCGACCCCAAAGGACGGCUAUCUAGGGCAUGGAUGGGGAAGGGCACAUCGAAUGGUACAAUAGGGAUCCCUAACUUAUAGGUGAAAUGGCGAUCGAUAAAAUUCCCAUCUGCACCUGAAUCUACUAGCGCCUUAUGCUGGGAGUGAGAAGAAACCUCUGGAAACACAACUUUAAUACCCAUAUGUACAACAGAGAGCUCUGGGUGAGUUGGGUGCUUACUCACCUGGAAUGACUCAUCAGUGCGUUGCCUGCUGCCUCGAUUCCUAGGAGACCCUCCCCAGCACCAAACAGCAGUGUGUCCUCUGCGGCCACAGUUGGUGCAGGGGACGGCCUCUCUCCUGGUCUCCCUCCUAGUCUCCCUAGCACCAGCACCCCCGAGCUCCAUAGGGUUCGGCUCGGAAGUGCUGGGGGAUGGAAUGGACGGCCCCAACUCCGGACGUCCGCGGGUAGCCAACAGGGUGAUCGAAGCUUAGGUUGGUGUCCCUGCAGGCCAACUCUCGACGAACGUCCUCCCUUAAGCUGCACCUGUAGUGGUCGAUGAGGGCCCUCUCAUUCCAUCCCGCAUUGGCAGCCAGAGUCCGGAAGUCCAGUGCGAACUCCUGCGCGCUCCUCUUCCCCUGUCUGAGGUGGAACAGACGCUCACCGCCUUCCCCUCUGGGGGAUGAUCGAACACCGCCCUGAAGCGGCGGGUGAACUCCACAUAGUUUACUGUAGCGGCAUCUAUUCCCCCCCACUCGGCGUUGGCCCACUCCAGUGCCUUGCCGGACAGACAGGAGAUGAGGGCGGACACGCUCUCAUAUCCCGAGGGCGCCGGGUGGAUGGUUGCCAGGUAGAGUUCCACUUGGAGCAGGAAACCCUUACACCCGGCUGCGGUGCCAUCAUAAGCCCUCAGGAGCGAGAGCCGAAUCCCACUGGACUCCAGAUGUGAAACGAUGGGUAUGGCUGAUGGUGGUGGUAUCGUUGGAGGAUGUGUGGGCAAACCUCCUCUUUCCCAUCGCCUCAUGGUGUUCAUCACCCCUUCCAUGGCGGUACCAAGAUCCUGGAGCAUAGCCGCCUGUUGUAAAACGCGCUCCUCCAGUGAUCCCGUUGGCACCGCCGCUCCUGCUCACUCCAUGUCGUGGUGUGUGAUUCUGUCACGAAUGUCAGUGAAAUGCGGUGGAAGAAGUCAGGCGCAGGACACAGAACUCUCGGAAACGUACUUUACUCAGAAUGCAAAGAACACGAAACAGAAUACCUCCACACAGGGAGGAACUAACCCGCUCACCAACGACACACGUCACAAAGAAACAAUCACACACAAAAUCCAAAUGAGAGACAGGGGUAAAUAUAGGGCAUACAAUCAAACAUAAUGGGGAACAGGUGUAAACAAUACAGACUAAACUAGACAAACACCGAAACAUUGAUCGGCAGCAGCUAGUACUCCGGGGACGACUAACGCCGAAGCCUGCCCGAGCAAGGAGGAGGAGCAGCCUCGGCAGAAUCCGUGACAAAUACAGUCUAAUAAUUUAUCCGUGGAGCUAAAAUCCUCUGGAGACACAAACAUUUAAAGUUGUGGAUCGUCUGCGUAGCAGUGAAAAUCAAUGCUGUGCUUUCUGAUAAGGGGUAACAUAUAUAAACUAAACAGUACCAGACCCAAAAUCGAACCUUGUUGAACGCCACGUGAUACGUAUUUUCUCUGAGUUAUGUUCACCAAGGGUGACAAAAACCUCUAGACCAGUUAAAUAGGUCCUAAAACAAUUUAGAACUGGACCGGAGAGGCCAGCCCAUCUCUCCAGUCUGUCCAGAAGGACAUCAUGGUCAACAGUACUAUACGGACUGAUAAUCAGAGAGGGCUGGCCUCUCCGGUCCAGUUCUAAAUCAACUUUAAUAUUGCAGAUAAUUGUGGCUUCCAUCAAUGUAAUUGUCUGCAUCAUUUCCAAUCCCCCAUAUAUUUUUUAAAACUUUCACUAGUAAAAUAUAAUAAGAUGAACUUGAACACUCCUGUAUGGGUAUGGAAGGAUGGGGAAGAAACUUGACCUAGCAUAUCUGACUCAUUCUUUGAUAUCUGUGAGGAGGAGUCAACAAGGGUUUAGGGAUAAGGGUGAGUGGAUGGUUUGGGAUUGGGCCAAUCUGUCUCACACACUCUUUCACUUUGACUCUGAUCCAGUCAGAGGCUGUGGUGGGCGUGCCAGAGAACAGGAAGAAAAUCCCCUGGGUGGACGGCGAGACGGUGAUCCUCUUGGAACUCUGGGGAGAUGACACUAUGCAGCAGAACCUGAAGCGCUGCCCUCACAACGGUCACAUAUACUCAGAGAUUCAGAAAAGCUCAAGUUCUGUGGUUUUUACAGACCUGCAGAGCAGUGCCACACCAGGAUAAAGCACUUGGAAGACAGCUAUCGGCAGUGUCAGGAAACUAUCAGGUAACAAUUGCCUUUCAGCUUCUAUUAUUGAUACAUUUGUCAUUUUGCUAAUGUGAAUUGGAUUACAGAUAGAGUCUACUUUUGCAAUCUCUCUCUACCUGUGCUGUUCCUAGUUCAUCUGGGUCUGAGCAGGUUGAUUUUAAGUUCUACGAUAUUUUGGAAAAAAUGCUUGAAAGGCAGCCUCCCUCCACCAGCACGGUGGUGACAGACUUGACCAAUGACAUAUCAGAGGAAUCAAACAGUGACUCACUUCAAGGUAAAAGUUCAGCUCAUUUCAAACUUUGCAAACUUUCUAAUGACACGUCCCCUCAACACAAGUACCUUUGCCAAGUCUAAACAGGGAAACUUUUUUGUGUCACGGCCGUCUACGGAAGGAGUGGACCAAAGCGCAGCGUUUGUAGCGAACAUGACGUUAUUAAAGUUAAAGUGCACGAACGAGAAAACAAUAAACAAUGACGGAUAGUGAAGUCCUCAGUACACAGACUGAAACAUGGAACAAAAACCCACAACCCUAAGGUGAACACUGACAGUUUAAAUAUGGCUCCCAAUCAGAGAUAACGAGCCGACAGCUGACACUCGUUACCUCCGAUUGGGAGUCACAUGACGAGACAAGACACUACAACCAAAACCAAACACAACCAAAUGAACACCCCCUAUACCCAACACAACCAAAUGAAUACACCCUGGCUCAAACUACACAGUCCCAGAGCCAGGGUGUGACAGUACCCCCCCCCUAAAGGCGCGGACUGCGACCGCGCCUCAACUAACCAAAACAGGGGAGGGCUGGGCGGGCAUACCUCCUCGGUGGCGGUUCUGGCUCCGGCCUUGAUCCCCACCUCCUCUCCAACCCCCCAAAGUACCCCUGGUCCUGUCUAGCCCCGCCUGCCGGAGCCAGACUGACGACACGCGCCCCUGGCUUGGUGCGUGGAGGACGAACGGGCCUUACCAGGCUGACGACGCGCACCACUGCCUUGGCGCGGGGAGCCGGAAUGGGCCGGACCGGGCUGAUGAAGCGCACCCCUGACUUGGUGCGGAGAGCGGGACCGGACCGAACAGGGCUGACGAAACGCACCACAGACUUGGUGCGGGGAGCAGGAACGGGCCGGACAGGGCUGACGACACGCACCACAGACUUGGUGCGGGGAGCAGGAACGGGCCGGACAGGGCUGACGAAACGCACCACAGACUUGGUGCGGGGAGCAGGAUUGGGCCGGACAGGGCUGACGAAACGCACCACCAACUUGGUGCGGGGAGCAGGAACGGGCCGGACUGGGCUGUCGACGCACACCGUAGACUUGGUGCGUGGAGCAGGAACAGGUCGGGCAGGGCUGUCGACGCACACCGUAGACUUGGUGCGGGAAGCAGGACUGGGCCGGACAGGGCUGUCGACGCACACCGUAGACUUGGUGCGUGGAGCAGGAACAGGUCGGGCAGGGCUGUCGACGCACACCGUAGACUUGGUGCGGGAAGCAGGAACGGGCCGGACCGGGCUGUCGACGCACACCGUAGACUUGGUGCGUGGAGCAGUAACAGGUCGGGCAGGGCUGUCGACGCACACCGUAGACUUGGUGCGGGGAGCAGGACUGGGCCGGACAGGGCUGUCGACGCACACCGUAGGCUUUGUGCGUUGAGCAGGAACAGGCCGGACCAGACUGACGACUCGCACCCUUGGCUUGGUGCGAGUAGCAGGAACGGGCCGGACCGGGCUGGCGACGCGCACCGUAUGUUUGGUGCGAGUGGCAGGAACAGGCCGGGUCGGGCUGGCGACGCGCACCGUAAACUUAGUGCGGGUGGCAGGAACAGGCCGGGCAGGGCUGGCGACGCACACCGUAGGCCUUGUGCGUGGAGCAGGAACAGGCCGGGUCGGGCUGGCGACGCGCACCGUAAACUUAGUGCGGGUGGCAGGAACAGGCCGGGCAGGGCUGGCGACGCACACCGUAGGCCUUGUGCGUGGAUUAGGAACAGGCCGGGUCGGGCUGGCGACGCGCACCGUAAACUUAGUGCGGGUGGCAGGAACAGGCCGGGCAGGGCUGGCGACGCACACCGUAGGCCUUGUGCGUGGAGCAGGAACAGGCCGGGCUGGGCUUGCGACGCGCACCGUAAACUUAGUGCGGGUGGCAGGAACAGGCCGGGCAGGGCUGGCGACGCACACCGUAGGCCUUGUGCGUGGAGCAGGAACAGGCCGGGCUGGGCUGGCGACGCACACCGUAGGCUUUGUACGUGGAGUAGGAACAGGCCGGUCCAUACUGGGAACACACACCACUGGCCUUAACCGGGGAUCAGGAACGGGCCGGACCGGACUGGCAACACACCUCAGUCUCUCACGCCGUGCCUCAACUACUUCCCUCCCUCUACUCGCCAAUGGCUCCCGUAAUCCGGUAGCCUUCUCUCCACGUCUCCCUGUGGCAGCCUCCUGCUGCCCAGCCGCCCAAGCCAUGUGCCCCCCCCAAAAAACUUUUUGGGGUUGCCUCUCGUCCUUCCGACGAUGGCCCUGCUGACGCCGUUGCUCCUCUCUCAGUCGCCUCUCCACUGUUUUACUCCAUGGCCGGCGAUCCAUCCCAUCCAGGAUCUCCUCCCAAGUCCAAGACCCUUUACCGUCCACAGUCUCCUCCCAUGUCCAGACCCUUGGCUCCUGGACACGCUGCUUGGUCCUGGUAUGGUGGGUUUUUCUGUCACGGCCGUCUACGGAAGGAGUGGACCAAAGCGCAGCGUUUGUAGCGAACAUGACUUUAUUAAAGUUAAAGUGCACGAACGAGAAAACAAUAAACAAUGACGGAUAGUGAAGUCCUCAGUACACAGACUGAAACAUGGAACAAAAACCCACAACCCUAAGGUGAACACUGACAGUUUAAAUAUGGCUCCCAAUCAGAGAUAACGAGCCGACAGCUGACACUCGUUACCUCCGAUUGGGAGUCACAUGACAAGACAAGACACUACAACCAAAACCAAACACAACCAAAUGAACACCCCCUAUACCCAACACAACCAAAUGAAUACACCCUGGCUCAAACUACACAGUCCCAGAGCCAGGGUGUGACAUUUUGUUAUUGGGCUGUUUUGUAUUUAGAGUCUACAGAAGCGGACAACAACACCACUUCUGAGAGGACCACAUCAGGCUCAUGGUCGGAUCCUGAGACCCUGGCCCUCAUUGACAUCUGGGGGGAGGACGAGGUUCAGAGGGUGCUGAGAGACUUUGUCCAAAAUGGCCCCAUCUACAUGGACAUAUCAGAAAAGAUGCAUGACCAUGGGUACUCCAAGACCCUAGAGCAGUAUCGUUGAAAGUAAAGUCCACGAGGAACAACUUCCUUCAGUGCUACAACAGUAAAAAGUAUGUUUAAACCCAAAAGGUAAAAAUGUGACACUUUCUGAUGUUUAGACUUUUUAUGUUGAUAUUAAUUUACAGAAACAUACAAAUAAGUGUACUCUAAUCUAACCCAUAGCCAGAAUACUGCAUCCCAAAAUAUUUUCGACCCACAUUUUUUUUAUUUCAAAAUGGCUUCCUUUUCUGUCUGCUAUUCUCAGAUGUGGAAGAAAGGGAGUGGAAUACAAGUUCUACAAUCAGUUGGAGCAAAUACUUGGGCAUGAAGCGGUCUCCAUUGAUGAGUACGAUGAAAGAGACGAUCAAACGGUAGACCAGGACACAGGUACAGUGAUCGUACAGACGGUUAUAUGUUUACACUGUAGACUCAGUCAAUCCAAUCAGCAGGACGGUACCUACGAUCUGAGAUGAGACGCUGGCCCUCAUUGAGCUGUGGGGGAACGAGGAGGUCCAGACAAGCCUCAGAGGUUGGGUCCGCAACAGGCACAUUUUAUCCGACAUAGCGGAGAAGCUGGCCACCAUGGGGCACUUCAAAACGGCUGCGCAGUGCCACUCGAGGGUUAAGGGGCUGAGGAAAACCUACCGAAGGUGUCACCACAGCAGGACAUAAGUGGCAAGCACAGAUCAUUUGUGGGUAAGGUGAGUCUUGGUGCCUAAAUUGGGACCUGUUACAAAUGAACCCUUCACCUCCCACUGUUCUCCACCUCCCUCUACCUCUGGUCGUACCUAAAGAGACGGAGGGGAGCCCUUAUUUUUCAGAUACUUCAGGUUCCUGGAGCCGGUGCUUGGCAACGACACUCUCUCCCCCGAUGCAGAGAUUGUUGAUUUGUGUGAUGACUUCAAUCCAGAUCCCACUGAGGAAGCAGAUCAGGAAACAUGUAUGGUGCCUCCUAAUCAUCCUUACCCUCUAAGUCUAAUGUCAUUAGGGCCCUGUGUUUUUCCUGUGUCAGUGCCAACAGUUGUUUGUCCUGGUCAGGUCAAAUCAGGACCCUAGUAAUAAUCAAUCUUCUAUAAAUGUACUUAGUAGCCACCUAAAGCCUCCCAAAAACAUAUAUAUUUUUUAAGGCCAGGGCUCAGCCAGUUACGCUGUGACAGAGUCCAGCAGAAAGAUGCCCUAGUCCGAUCGGGAGACCCAGGCUCUGCUGGGGGUCUGGGGUGAGGACCACGUGCAGCUCUCCCUCCGUGGCUGCUUGAAGAACAGACACGUGUUUGAGUACAUCUCACGGAGGAUGAUGGCCCAGGGGUUCAUAAGGACAGCUGAGCAGUGCCACACCCGCAUCAAACGACUCAAGGCCAGCUUCCACCAUGACAAGUGAGUGCAAAGGAUUCAUAACUACUAUUUUAUGUCUAGUAAUUCACUUUAUAAAUUACACUACAACAUCGGAUAUAAAUUGAGAUGCGAUAUCUUUACUUCAUCAAAUCAAUGCUUUACUCAACUUCAUCUCAUUAAUAAACAAUGUAAUUGCGGUCUUGUUUUUAUCACUGGUAUUGUUACAUAGUACAUAUGGUCAGAGGAUAUGAUGAUCCAACUGAAAUUCCCUCUGAACCAUAUGUCUAAUCUUUCAUUUCCCCACAAGGGAGUGUAAGUUCUAUGACCAGAUGGAGGAGAUUUUAUCGAAGGAGCUCAACUUCGACAGUUUGGCCGAAGAUUCGUUAGACAAUGAGGAAGCUGCUGUCUGCAAGUCUAUACUUGAGGUUGACCAAAGGAAAGGUAAAGCAAAGCCAUACCAUACCUUGAAACGUUUUAUGAGUUGUCAUAUUUCAACUGACCUAAACCCCUUUCCACUAUAAAGAAUGUGUUAAUUGGGUGUCUUUGUCUUCAGCUAGCCGUCCUCCAACUGACGGCUCCAAGUUCCCCUGGAGCGACAGUGAGACCCAGGUCCUCCUCAGUUUCUGGGGGAGUGAUGAGGUCCAGGAGGAUCUAAAGGGCUGCACCAAAAACAGACACAUUUUCACCGAGAUCUCUCAGGCCACCUGA